GCUAGGCGGAGAGCUGCUGGGAUAUUGCUUCUAAUGGAAGAGGCAGGGCCAGGCCAGUGACAGCUGUGUUGUGGAAGGCUAGCUGGGAGGAGUGAGGAUCAGUCUGUACAGCUCCUUCCAGAGAGGAGAACAAAAGCCAUCUCAUCCCAGACAGCAUGGAGCUCGAAGGGGACUUCUCAUUGACAGUUCCACUCAUCUUCACAGCGUUGGCUGUCAUCUUGGCCACGCUUUGGGUCAAGCUUCGCUCUACAGGAGAAAAGCAGCCAGCUGAGGAAUCCCAUGAAGCAGAGGUGAAGGAGAGAGUGACAGAAACGUUGGAAGAAGAACGGGAUGACAAAGAGGAUCAUGCGGCAGAGGAAGAAGUGCCUGAAAGGACAGUGACCGAGACUGCCCCGGUGGAAGAAGUCGGGGCAGCUGAGAAAUUGCCCGCGGCCAAAGAAAGUGAGAUGGACGCCACGGAGUGUGAAGAGAAGGCGACAACUCCAUCCAGCCAAUCUAGUCAAGAAGAAGAAGAAGAGGACAGUAAAGAAGAAGAUGUUGAAACGGAAAAUGAUAAAGUUUUGAAGAUUAGUGAAGCAGAUGAUGCAGAUGAUGAAGAUUUCUCAUUUAAAUACUUACCAGGGAAACUGCGAGGCAGUGACUAUGAGAAUAUGCUGACAAAGGAUGAGUUAGAGGAGGAGCAGAGGAUAGAGUUGACCUCUGAUCUCACAUCCCUGUAACACGUACAGUGCCCAAACACUGUGUGAACUGAAGAUGAUAAGAAGUUAACCUUACAGUCCAGCUAAAGAGAUUUACUGAAAAGAUCAGACCUGCCCACCCAACAAUAUUAUAUGAGCAAACCAAAAUUCUGUACCAGUUCCAUAGGAGAACACCAGCCGUUUUCUGUUGUUGGAUUUAAGCCAGUAACUGUUAUUGGAAGUGUAUAGCUGGGAGUUCGAUGGAAUUGAUUCGAACAGUGAUGGCUAUUGCGCAGUUCAGUGCUGAUCAUGUAAUCUUAACCAAAGGGCCUAUACAGCACAUCUUUCCUGCUUUAGCCAUUUGAAUCCCAGCACUUGGAAAUAAAAUCCAAAGGCUUUGUCUUUCAGUGCAAUAUCCAGUCCUAAAUCUAUGCAAAUAUUGCCUUAAGUAUUUGAUAUAUACAUUGUAGAUGAAUACAUACACAUUUUCUCUAUAUGGCAUGAUACACAAUAGGAGAUAAAACAUAUUUCGGAUGUCUCAUUGACUCUGGACUGUGAUUGUUAGAUAUUAAUGUGGAUAUAUAAAUGUCUUUAUUGGAAUUAUUUAAAAGUAGGGCAAAGUGCUGGAAAGGCAGUAAACCUUGGCAACCAAUCAGAAAUCAGCUUUCAAUAUUCUGCUCAAUCAUAGCUGCUUAAGACUAAUCUCUAAUUGGUUGCUAUGGGUU